UGUACAUCUAUAAUAUAGCUGUUACAUAGAAUAUCCACCAGAAGUUGAUUUUAGUUGAAUGUUGUCUGGGGGCGCUGUCAAAACACUCCCCAUUCCAGAUUUUCUCCACGGUACCAACAGGGAGAACCGCGUGUGGUUGUCUGACCAGGUUCCAUUGAGUUGACGGGAACACAUCACAGGGGGGGGAAUGAAGAGGGGCGUCGAAAAAAUCUAGAAUUCAAACUCAACAUACCAGUCUUUGGGUUGAGUUCAUGGAUCUGUGACGAUUAGACUAGGAGUUGAUUAUUUUGCUGUUAUUUUUAAUGUUGUUAAAGGUGUAGGGAAACUGUCGGCGAAGAUUUGAAUCAGCAUGCUGCUGGUCUGAAACAAAGGGGUCGGGACUCCGGAGUGUUGCAGUGGUAAAAGCAGGUUGAAAGGGUGGACAGUGGCCACAACUCACCACUGACAAGAUGGAGCGGGAGGAGCAGUGGUGGACGUGCCAACUCGCUGCAGACAUCCACCAGUCUCUACGAAUAAAGGAGCUGAAGUUGCCUACCUACAAGGCCCACUCUCCUCAGAUCAGGAUGCGGCGUUACUUUGCUGACCUGCUGGCUGUCCUCAGUAACCGCUACCAGCUGUGCCCAGCGGCUCGCCACCUGGCCGUCUACUUCCUGGACUUGUUUAUGGACCACUACGACGUGGCAGUCCGUCAGCUCUACGUCAUCGCCCUCUCCUGUCUCCUCCUAGCCAGUAAGUUUGAAGAGAAGGAGGACUGUGUGCCAAAGCUGGAGCAGCUCAACUCUCUGGGCUUCAUGUGUAGUCUGAACCUGUCACUGACCAAGAAGGAUCUGGUCAAGAUGGAGCUGCUUCUCUUAGAGACGUUUGGCUGGAACCUGUGUAUGCCCACGCCAGCACACUUCAUAGACUACUACCUCCAUGCUGCUGUACAGGACGGAGACCUGCACAACGGCUGGCCUCUCUCCUCCCUCAACAAGACCAGAGCCUUCAUGGACAAAUACACACACUACUUCCUGGAAGUCUCACUGCAAGACCAUGCCUUCCUGGGCUUCCGGCCGUCCCAGGUGACGGCAGCUUGCAUCGCGGCGUCCCGCAUCUGUCUCCAGAUCACCCCCAGCUGGACCACCGUCCUCCGCCUGCUCACCGGAUACUCCUGGGACCACCUCACCCAGUGCAUAAAGCUGAUGCUGCUUGCCCAUGACAACGAUGUGAAACAGGCCAACAAAUCCAAGUCCAACUCUUCAUCUGUCCAGAGCCCUCUCCAACCCCAGGCCCAUCCCUCACCCUCCACAGUCUCCUGCUCCACCCUGAUACAACCCUCUUCUGGCUCCCAGCAGCUGCUCCUCCAGACAGGCGGCUACCAGCAGCACCUCACCCAGCACUCCACUUCCGUUUCCCAGAUGCACAUGCUAGGUGAGUCCCAGGCUCUGGGCCCUGUUGGGUCUCGGGACUACCUCCAGUCCCACCAGACAGGGCUCCUCUCAGGCUCGGUUUCUCAGGGAGCCUUCCCCCCUUUCCACAGCCUGACCUCAGGACUGGGCUCCUCCCUGCCCCUCCAGGGACCCAUCUCCAUGCAAGUGGUCCUUGCUGCAGGUCACUGUCUCGGCCUGUCCUACGGGGGAGGCUUCCUGGGCUCCCAUCACGCCUUCACAGCAGGUUGCUUCGACAGGUGACGCCAGGAGAGGGAGGAUGAACUGAACCUGGGUCAGUCAGUGUCCUCCACCUGUCCUGACUCCCUGUCCUCCUCCACCUGUCCUGACCUCAUCCACCAAGGACGAAGGAAACCAAAAGGAAGAAGCAAUGUCAAUGCAGAUAUUGCUGCGGUAUUGACCUAACAAAGGUCCUAACUAUUUGAAGUGACAAAAUAUUUUUGAUGAGGUGUUUACAUACAGUAUGUUCUGUUCCUUUCACACGACUGCUUGAUCUAUACUGAGAGACUGUGAGGGUGGUUUGACCACUGUGAUUCUGAUAUCAACUGUGGUUGUCUGGAGCCCCUGCUUCCACACCAUUUCUCUCAAUGUGGGACAUCUUGUUUUUUAUACUAGUAUCUUUCAAUGCUGCUGCCUUAAACAAAACGAUGGCUUUAUGAUCAUGCAAGUGGUCUGUCGUUGGUAUUGUUUACACCCGUGGUUCUCAAACCUCUCCUCAGGGACCGCCAGACAUUUCACAAUUUUGUUGUAGCUCUGAACUAGCUCACCUGAUUUACCUAUUCAAGGGCUUGAGGAUUAGUUGACAAGUUGAAUCUGGUGUUAGCUCUAGAAUAAAUAAAAUACCUGGAAUGGCUGGGGGUCCCUGAGGAGAGGUUGGAGGACCACUGGUUUACAUGAACAAUAACAUAGAUCAGGGUGUUUGACGGAUUACUUGGGGGGGGGGGGGGUUGACACAGCUGUGUCAAUUAAUUCCAUUUUUAUGUUGUUUAACUUCUACUGGUUAAAGACGUGUGUGUUGUAGGAGAGAUGUCUCACUGAGAUUUCUGAUCUAUUCUUUGGCCUUGGCUGGUGUUUUUUAAUUUAACCUUUUUAUUUAAUUAGGCAAGUCAGUUAACAACAAAUUCUUAUUUACAAUGACGGCCUACCCCCGGACGAAGCUGGGCCAAUUGUGUGCCGCCCUAUGGGACUCCCAAUCACGGCCGGAUGUGAUACAGCCUGGAUUUGAACCAGGGACUGUAGUGAUGCCUCUUGCACUGAAAUGCAGUGCCUUAGACCGCUGUACAACUUGGGAGAAGACUCCGUCUUGUUUUGCUGUUCUGGUGCCACUGCAGGCAUGGAGCCAUGGUGUCCAGAGGAACAGACACAUCUGUCCUCUCAGCAAAUCAAACCACAGGGGAGGAAGUGAUACUUUACUAGCUAGUCUCCGGGGGGGCGAAGCCACGCUUUCUCCUCAGUUGUCAUGUAAAUUCUCCUGACUGGUACCAUUUAAUAUGUGUGUCUUUGACUGAAACCCAUGCCAGUCACACAGCCCUCUCUGGAACAGCUUCUGCUGCUCUCAUUGUCACAAACACCUUGAGCAGUUAAUGAAGCCAUGAAAAUGUUGCUGCACAGGAUAUCUUGUAGCAUCCAUCAUCUAUGUUCUGUAUUACUGCUCUGUUGGAGAUAGAGACACAAGCAUCACGCUGCACCCACGAUAACAUCUACAAAUCUGUGUGAAUGUGACCAAUAAACGUUGCUUAGCACAUACAACUACUGAUGUCCUACCUCGGUCACUCUCCCAAGUUUUGUCGCGUUAUUACAACAAACCUGCUGUAAAAUUCACCUUGCCGGGUCAGAUGGACGGAGUUGCCACCAAACAUGAGAUCCUAUAAAAUGAGUAAAAAUAUAGUUGACCAUAAGAUGUUUUUUUGUGAUUUAUUGGUUGCCGUGGAUACGACCCAUUGAAUGUCAGUAGGAAUAUCUCCGACAAUUGAAGAGCAGAAGUAAAAUAACAAAGUUUGACUUUUUUUAUUUGACGCUUACAUGGAAUAUUGGCCGCGUUCACAUGCUACUCGGAAUUAGGGAACUCUUGACAUUUCUGCACGUGUAUAACUACAACCAGUCAGUUAGCAAGUGGGAAAUGUCAGAGUUUCCUAAUCCCGACUAGCAUGUGAACGCGACGUGAGCUUGACGUUUGUAUGGUGAGUCAUGACGCUGUCAUUUAGUGACGUCUAAGUCCAGGCAGGCCAGACAUGCUGUUACCAUUUAGUCAAGGACACGUGGGUCCAGUGUCCGUGUCCCAGGCUUGAUGGGGUGAGACGUUUUUGUUUUUUUAUAGAGUAUUAAAUAUUUUCCACUGAUCACAGCCUGACCCACAAUGUCUGUCUGCUUCCACUACUGUUGACAAAUGACACGAAGGACCCCACAGGCCUCUAGUUUAGUGGGUCUCAGAUAACAAAACCAUUCUUCUGCGUACCUUAACUUUGUCCUACCUCAAUAUAUAGUGCAACCCUUGUUUUAUCAUUAGACCAAAUGUUUGUACAUUUAUAUUUGAUGUACAUUUUUUUUUUAAUCUCGUGUUUGUUUGUUUUCUAAACUGUGUUUUGUUAGAAUAGAUGAGGAGUUCAAUGCACCAUCAAAGACCAAUGUACUGUAUCUUGUGUGAUCUGUAGCCUAACGGUUGGUCAUUUGAGAUAAGACUACUUUCAAUCACACCGCCAUCUAAUGUUUUAAAGGUAACUUUUGAUUUUAUUUUAUUUUUUGUUAAUGUUUAUUAGUACUUGUGUUUUUAACUGCUUGAAGGCAGUGGAUUUCUUUACCUUAAAUGAAAAGGUUGCAACCACCAACACUUGAAAUCCAAGUGGCCCGACUACAUCUACUUCGAUGGUACAAUGAUUACAGCUAUGUGCAGGAGAAGCACAUUGGGGAAGGGAAUCAAAAAACAGUGUUUACUCUGUCAAAUGAGGUGCAAAUAAAACCCCAAACAAAUCCAGUCUGGCAGUAUCGUUCCUCCACCCUUUGUUUUUGGUCUUUGUCGAGAAUAUCCGUAGCUAGAGGUGUCGCAAGCCUCUCUGAAGUCGAUUAGCAUACCCCAAGGGGAAUAGUUUAAUAUGAAUGUCUCAACUCAUUGCACAUGAAAAGGUCUUCGAUGGGGGUGAGAGGAGGGGGCUCUACCAAUUAGCUCCACCCUCUAGAUCAGUAACCUCACCCCGGUCUCUCCUGACGCUCCCUCCCGUCCUCUACAGACCUCAAGACAAUGGAGGAGAUUCCUAUCCCUCAUGUCACUAAACAAAUGAAGUCAAGACACUGGAGACUAUCGAUACUGUUGGCGUAACAGGGAUUUGUAUCUCGCAAUGAAAAGACCAAUGUGAUUAAGGGUAAAUAAGAAACUGUAUGUGUGAAGAAUCAUUGCAGAUGAAGAAUUGUGAAAACAUGUUAGUCUCUCUUGAGAUACAAACCACAACAGAAAGACACAAUGAGGAAGUAGAAGCAAUGCACAGGAUGUCCUGUGUAUAGAGAUAGUCAGUUCAAGGGUCUUUUCGUGGAGUUUUGGUUAAACUCCCAACAGGAAUUAAAUUCAGGAACAAUGCAUAGACUUUGCCUGUCGGUUGUAUGACGAAAGACCGACAUACGAUGAAGGCAGCUGUUUUUCCCUGGUAAUUUUCAGAGCCUUUCUGAGAGGUUUUGUAACAUCAUCCUUUGUGGCCUGUAUUCAUUCACCACCGUUUCCAUGCUUGGGGGGAUCCCGAGUGGCGCAGUGGUCUAAGGCACUGCAUCUCAGUGCUCGAGGCUUUACUACAGACCCUAGUUCGAUUCCAGGCUGUAUCACCACCAGCAGUGAUUGGGAGUCCCAUAAGGCAGUGCACAAUUGGCCCAGCAUCGUCCGGAUUAGUUUUUGGAUCGGAGUAGUUGUAAAAUAACAAUUUGUUCUUAACUGACUUGCCUAGUUAAAUAAAGGUUAAAUAUAAAAUAGGAGUCUUCUAAUUUCAGUUGAUCACUGAUGAUAGGAAAGUGAGUGAGAGGUUAUAGUAACCCCCCUUCUUUGGACAGCUUGGUAGGGGGUACUGAAGUGGGGACGCUGGGGUGGGCCAGGGGGGUUGGGUAAUGGAUCAUUCUCGCUAGCUUUGUUUACAAAGCAGGGUGGGGGGAGGGGUUGGCUAGCAUAGUCCUCGGCUUACCCAGGGGCACUCACUCACCCGAGACAUCCUCUUCUCUGCCUAUCCUUUUAUUGUGUCUAUCCCAGAGAGCUUAACGGUUAAAUAAGAAUGAGGCACAAACCUAUUGAUUGCUUGUUAAUGUUUAAUACUAAAACUCAACCAUGUACAUCUGUCAUGGUGGAAUGAGAAUCAAACUCGUUUCCACAUUCUGUUCUACACACUGUUUAUUCUUGAUGUUAUAGGGUUUGAACAUUUCUAGCGAAUCUUGAUAGACUCAUUUCAACCUUUCAAAUAGUCUGAAGUUACUACUACUGUAUAUUUUGUGUUGUGUUUAAAGAUAGAUUGCCAACCGAGUGGUUGUCCCAGGAUAAACGUAGUGACAUUUGGCAAGACUGAGGUUUUCCUGUGCCCGUUAUACAUGGCAAAUGUCAUCAAGCGUAAGAAAGACAUUAAGACAAAGGCAACAAGUUGGCCAGUCUCCGUUUAUUGGCUCAUUAUUCAAUUAGAGUUGUUAAUAACACAGUCACAAUAUCUUUAGA